AUGCCCCGAGGAUUCGGCGGACGUGGUGGUGGUGACCGCGGUGGUCGCGGCUUCGGCGGCCCACGCGGCGGCGGUGGCGGCUUCGGAGGCGGUGGCGGCUUCGGCGGCGGCCGCGGUGGCGGUGGUCGUGGUGGUGGUCGCGGCGGUCGUGGCGGCUUCAACUCCGAGCCCGACCCGCCGGACCACGUCGAGGAGGUCGGCACGUUCAUGAACGCCGCGGAGGGUGAGCUAGUGUACAAGGUCACGGUGCCGGGGCAGGUGCCGCGUUUCAACGCCUUCGUCUACACCGAGAACAAGGCAAAAAUCGGCAAGAUCGAGGAGAUUCUUGGCAACACCACGGAUGUCAUGUUCUCAGUGAAGCCGUCGCCUGGCAUUCAAGCAGCUUCGCUGAACGAGGGCGACAAGGUGUUCAUCUCUAGCACGCAAUUCUCACCCCUGCGCGUCUUUACCGACCCGCCCAGGCCGCGUGGACGCGGUGGUCGCGGCGGCGGUCGUGGUGGCGAUCGCGGAGGACGUGGUGGCGGCCGCGGUGGCGGCUUUGGCGAUCGCGGUGGUCGCGGCGGCUUUGGCGACCGCGGAGGUCGCGGCAGCUUUGGCGGAGGUCGCGGCAGCUUCGGCGGAGGUCGCGGCAGCUUCGGUGGUCGCGGACGUGGUUAUUAA